GCGCGGCGCCGCCGUAGUUGCCGGGGCCCCGGCGAGCGACGUGGACGGCUGGAGGAUGUUCAGGGUCGGCUGCUAACUGCGGCCGCGGCACCGAGGAGCAUGCCAGCGCCAUGAGAGCAGCCGCCGCGCACCGCCUCCUCGGGCUCCUCGCCGUCACCUGCCUCCUCCCAGUCGUGGCGAGGCUCAACGAGGCCCAGCUAGUUGACCAAUGGGCCGAGAGCAUCGGCAACGAGCUGUGGCGGCUGGCGAAUGCUGUGGCGCAGCCCGCCGAUCUACUACAACGUUACAAAAAAAUGGGCGUUCGAGUGGAACACAAAUCUGGUGACGAAAUUAUCAAGAAUAUAAGUGAAAACGUUGGUCGAAUGUUAAGCCGUAAAAUGGAUGCUGUUCAAUGUUUAUAUAAAGAGGCUGAAAGAAUAUCGGAGAUGUGGGAUGCAAAUUUCACCACAAAUUUUACGUACUAUUCCGCAAAGUAUAGUAAUGCCACCAUAGAAAACGAGCUUAAAACGUCGAAUAUACCGGAAAAUAUGCAGGAACAGGGAGCCAAUGAGUCUUAUACUCACAUGUACCUAGAGCCGGAUACGCACUUCAAUAACGUCUCGGUCAACACGACCUACUCCUCCGUCCACAUCCCGACGAACGUCUACGACAAGCUGCCGCGCGUCAGCGAGACGAUCCUCUGGUCUAAGAAGCUCGACCGCAUCUUCAAACAUAACUACCGCUCGGAUCCGGCCCUCAUGUGGCAGUACUUCUGCUCGACCACGGGGAUGCUGAGGCAGUACCCGGCGAUGAGGUGGCCCGUGGGCCUCAAGGCCGACGGUAAGGAGCUUACCGACACGUACGACUGCCGCGUCAGGAGCUGGUUCAUCGAGGCCUCGACCUGCAGCAAGGACAUGGUCAUUCUCGUCGACAACAGCGGCAGCAUGACCGGCAUGAGCAACACCAUCGCGAAAGCAACUGUCGCUACAAUCUUGUCAACGCUCUCGAACAACGACUUCGUCGCGGUCUUCAAUUUCUCCGACACGGCGGAUCAAGUAGUUGGCUGCUUUCAAGAUAAGCUGGUCCAAGCGACGCCCGAGAACAUUAAGAAGUUCAAUAUUGAGAUGGAGACGAUGAAGCCCGAGGGCGUAGCCAACCUCACCGUCGCCUUCCUCUCCGCGUUCACAAUAUUACAGAACUAUCGGAACGAGUCGCGCUGUGGCGUCGACCUGAGCUGUAAUCAGCUGAUUAUGCUCAUUACCGACGGCAUCGCCUCGAACAUUACGGAGGUGUUCAGAGAGUGGAACUGGUUCAAAAACGGCACGAUUCCUGUACGCGUGUUCACGUAUCUGCUGGGCCAGGAGGUGACGAAGGUGCGGGAGAUCCAAUGGAUGGCCUGCCUCAACCGGGGCUACUACACGCACAUACACACGCAGGCCGAGGUGCCGGAACAGGUGCUCAAGUAUAUUCCCGUGGUGGCGCGGCCCCUCGUACUCCACGGCAAGGUUCAUCCCGUCGUCUGGACGCACGCCUACGUCGACAUAUCGCGGGAAGAAAAUACACCGCCAAUCACGAAAGACCUGAAAGUUGUUGACGAUGGCGUGGAUAUUACCGAAGAGGACAAGCUGCUGUCGGAGAACGCGACGAAGAAGACUGAAAUAGCUUGGCGCGACCGCCUCCUCACGUCCGUCAGCAUCCCCGUGUUCGACCGCAAGGGCAACAAGAACAGCGUGGUGCGGGCCGCCAAUUUAUUAGGUGUCGUCGGUACCGACGUGCCCCUCAAGGAUAUUCGCAAGCUCACGCUGCCUUACAAGCUCGGUGUCAACGGUUACGCCUUCAUUGUGUCGAAUAACGGUUAUGUCGUACUCCAUCCUGCCCUCAAGCCAGAGUACAAAGGCGAGCUCAAGCUCAACUACAACAGCAUCGAUCUCACCGAGGUCGAGAUUCUCAACGAUGGCAGGGGUCCUAGAGAGCCGGGCGAACAAAUAACGGAAAUUCGUAGAGCUCUAGUUAAUCACGAAUGCGGCUCGAAAAAAGGAGUAAAAGUGAAAUUGCAUUACGAUGAUUAUCGUCGUGUCACUUUGGAGAGUCGUGAUUACUUUUAUGCCGCAUUACCGUUAACUCCAUUCGGAAUUGCCGUCGUCCUACCGCAAUAUGGAAGAUAUUACAUUAAGGUAAACAAGGAAAUCGAGAAGUAUAGGAAUCGCAAUAUCUCGGAAUAUUUCAUAGGUGAAAACUGGGGUAUCCAUCCAGAUUGGGUAUAUUGCCGAUAUCAUUAUCUCGAAGGACAUGAAUUUAAUACACCGGAAGAUGAAUUGCGACAGUUUUUAAAUAUCGUCGGUGACUUUUCAAAAAGCGAAACCGAGCGCUAUCCAGAACAGUAUAAGCCCUAUGAUAAGGGGGAAACAGCUUCUGAGUCCGAUAGUCCGUUGAAAUGCCAAAGUCAAGACAUAGGCCAGAGGGAAUCUGACACGUACGAGCCCGACUGCGGCAGCGACGAUCUCGAAGAAGAGCAAGAAGACUAUAAUAAACAUCACAACGAUCACUACUGCAAUAAGGAGCUCAUGGAGCUUCUUAUUAUGGAUGCCUGCGCGACGAACGACAGCUUCUCCGGGGAAUUCCACAGUAACUACCCGGCAGAUCGCGAACUGAUAAACAAGUACGAGGUCUUUCUUAAAUUCGUGGCAACGCAAAGUGGACUCACCAGAUGGCAAAAGGUCGAGGGCGCCAUGGUGGACAGAAUGGAAGAAAGGAUUCAGGAAUUCACUAAUCACAAGAGAGCCUUGGACGAGGCCUGGUACAAAGGUGCCAUCUUCCAAAAUGAAAUCGAUCCCGAAAGUAUUUCAAUCACAGUGCCACCGAUCAAGGAGUUGGAGUCGGGCCUGAACUCGACGGUUACGAUAUCACUGGGAAUCUAUCCCCGAGACAACGGUAAGAAGGCGGCAGCUGGUGUCGUCGGAUUCCAGCUCCCGAUGACGGCACUCUACCGCCAAUUCACGAAUAUUAUGACCGAACACGUCCCGAUACCCGGGUUGAACUGCAGCAGCGGCGUCGUCGACUGCUACCUCAUUGACCAGAAUGGCUACAUCGUCAUCUCCGAGGCGCACGACCACGAUGCCGGCAAGUUCUUCGGUUCCCUGGACCAGACAUCGCCGAUCAUGCGCUCUCUCGUCGACCAGGGCCUCUUCCACGCGGUCGACAUUUAUGACUACCUGGCCGUCUGCUACGACAUUAGAUAUGAAAGCGCUGCCAAUAUUUUAAAGAACCCAUUCAUUUACGUCUGGAAUCUCAUCACGUGGAUUUUCACGAGGAUGAUUUUAUUAGCAUCGCAAUUACAGAAAUUGCCCGUAAUUUUAGCCCAGGAUGAACUAGUUGAAGAGGAAGUUGAUUUUAAAAAACCACCAAAAAUGCAUAAGAUUCGAUACAAUCGACCAUGCGACAUGAAGAUGACAUUGUACAUUGUAAACGAAACAAAUUUCAACCAGGGUUUCACAAAUACAGAGGGUAGUUGCGCUUUACCAUUUUAUGCACAACGUGUACCUCAUACGAAUCUCUUGCUAGUUAUCGUGAAAACGGACAGGAGCAGCUGUUACGACAAAAUGGACGUAAUACCCUAUGAGAUAUUCCCAUACACGAUAGAUGACAACAUAACUGAAUUUCCAUGCCAUAAAAUUCCAUUGAACGAUCUAUUCAGAAGAAGACUGGAGCAUUGCUAUACGCAACACGAAGAUGAGGACGAGAUCGAAGCCUGCGGUGGCACAAGUCCUUUAAACGUGUCGAUACUCUCAUUUUCUAUCGCAAUACUCAAGAGCUUGAUUAACAUUUUCCAAUUUCUCUCACGCGAAUGAUUAUUAUGUGUGUAACUGCCUUUUAUAUUACAAAUAAUGAAUGACAUUGCGCGAGCUAAAAACGUAAAGGAAAAAAAGCAACGAUAAAUACUCGAUAGCGCGUUGCGCCCGACAACUCGUUUUACAUAUUUAU